AGUAGUUUCUACAAAAAACUUGCACCGGUAAAUUCAUUCAUCAUUGGCGCUCUCUCUCUCAAAGCCCAAAACCAAAGCCAGCAACGCACACACAGAUCAUUCCAAGCAAACCCCUUUAAAAGCAAAAAGUUUCUCUUUGUUUUUGUUUUUUGUAUUUUUGAUUCCCUUCUUCUUAUUCGUCCGUACACAACGCAAAAAGCUUACACGAUCAUCAGUCCUCAUCAGUAGCUUAUAGUUAAUCCCUAACCAAACCAAACCAAACCCACAUACCAUCUGUCUCUAUCUCUCUACAUACAUUCAUAGAUCCCCUCUAUCACUUUGACCCUUUUUCCCAAUCAUACUUUCACAAUUUUCUUUUGGGGGGGUUUUGGAUUUUAGCUCAGCAUUGAAUUUUACUUUGAUCGAUGGCCAGUGGGCAUGUGAUUAAACGCGCCAAGUACAAGACCUCACCCAAAGGCGCUGGUACUCCUGGUGUUUUAAAAAUGACUGAGAACAAGAUUAUGUUCAAGCCAAAUGAUCCCACUUCAGCCUCAAAGAUUGAUGUAGAGUUUAGAUUGAUAAAAGGUUACAAAAACACUAAGGAGGGAUCAAACAAUCCACCAUUGCUUAAUCUCUCCCUUGAGCAGGGUGGAAGUUACAUUUUUGAGUUUGAAAAUUUCUUAGAUCUUCAAGUUUGUCGAGAGUUUGUUGGAAAUGCUCUUACAAAGUCCGGAGAUGCUGCAAAAGCAAAGUCUGGAGACACUGCAAAAGCGAAGUCUGGAGAGGCUGUGAAAGCCGCUUCUGAUAGAUCUACAGUUACUUAUCCUGAUGAACAACUCAUCAGUUCAGCGGAAAUGGAGCUUCGAAUAAAGCUAUUGAGAGAGAAUAGUGAGCUGCAGAACCUUCAUAAGAAAUUUGUGCUUGGUAAUAUCUUGACAGAAUCUGAGUUCUGGGCUACAAGGAAGAAGUUGCUUGAUGGAGACAGUGGCACAAAGUCCAAACAACGGGUUGGUUUUAAAAGUUCAAUGAUUCUAGACAUCAAACCCAUGACUGAUGGCCGGACAAACAAGGUUACAUUCAAUUUGACACCAGAGAUCAAAUAUCAGAUUUUUGCUCUAAAACCAGCUGUUCACCGGGCAUUCCUUAAUCAUGUUCCCAAUAAGAUGACAGAAAAGGAUUUCUGGACAAAAUAUUUUAGAGCAGAAUAUCUCCAUAGUACGAAAAAUGCUGUUGCAGCUGCAGCAGAGGCUGCUGAAGAUGAGGAGCUAGCCAUUUUUCUGAAGGAUGAUGACAUAUUGGCAAAUGCAGCUCGGCAGAAGAUUCGACGGGUUGAUCCAACUCUUGAUAUGGAAGCUGACGAAGGAGAUGAUUACAUGCACCUCCCAGAUCAUGGAAUUUUUCGUGAUGGUAGCAAGGAAAUAACUGAUUCACAGCAUGAGCAAUUCAAGAGAACUUUCUUGCAAGAUCUUAACCGACAAGGCGAAGUUGUUCUUGAAGGAAGAACUAUUGAUGUAGAGUUGGAAGAUCCAAGAACUGUAGCAGAAGCACUUGCGCAGUCAAGACAGGAAUCUGACGAGAAUGCAAAGCAGGAGAGGCUUGAUAGAAUUUCACGGAUGACUGAGAUGGAGGACCUUCAGGCACCUCAUGAUCACCCUCUUGCUCCACUUUGUAUCAAGGAUCCUCGUGAUUACUUUGAUUCCCAACAACUUAAAACUUCUGAUGAUACACGAGCUGGAUCAGAACAAUUAAGAUGUAGCCUGAGCUCUGAGGAAGCAUAUGGUUCUUUGAGGGGUUCAAUAUCAGAGAUAAAAGCUAUGGGAUUAAGUGAUCCUGUAGUCAGACCUGAGGUUGCUGUUAUGGUCCUUAAUGGAUUGACCCAGAACAUCUCAAGUACCAAAUUUCAACUUGGGAAGAAUGCUCAAGAGGGUAUACUGAACAGCUUGCCCAACACAACUAAAGAGGAACUACUACAUCAUUGGAUAUCCAUUCAAGAAUUACUGAGGCACUUUUGGUCUUCAUAUCCAAUUACUACAUCAUAUCUUUAUGCUAAGGUGAGCAGAGUGAAGGAUGCCAUGUCAAAAAUUUAUCCACAGCUGGAGGAAAUAAAGGAAUCAGUUCCUUCAGACCUUCGCCAGCAGGUUUUCCUCCUUGUUCGUCCAAUGCAUCAGGCUCUAGAUGCUGCUUUUCAACAUUAUGAGGCGGAUUUGCAGAAGAGAUCAGCAAAGAGCGGAGAUAAACCAAAUGGAUAUGUGUAGGAGUAAUAUUACCCAACCCAUCUUGUCUGCUGGGUCUGUCAUGUAACAUUCAUUGAUUUUGCAAUCUUGUAGCAGUCAUAUAAACUGUACAUGAAAUCAAUUUUGCUCUGAGCUCAUACACAAUAUAGAAUUUUAUCAACUCGGCCCAUUAAUAUAAAAGCUGUUUAAUGUUC